GGCGCCAGCCCUGCCCCCAUCUCUUCUCUUGUGUGUGUCCGUUUAUUUGGCUUUUUUUAUAUUUUAUAAGGAACAGCUACGAACAAGCCCAAAAGGAAGUGCUUUUAAGUCACUGAUAUCAUUCAGAGGCUGCAAUGAGCGCAAACUCUACAGCGGUGUUGAGACUUCGCUAAGGACUAUGCAUCGUUUCCAUGGUGGCAUCGUCGUUUUACUCAGCGCCAUAUUACAGCUGUCAAUCAUACAUCCGGACAAAGCAUGCAAUGUGCAACUCCCUCCUUUUGGGCCACGUCUAUUGCGAGCGAAAGCUAUGUUCGGAGAUGUUGCGCGGUCGUGCGCAAAAGAGAUAUUAGCGUACGUCAAGAAUAUUCGAUCAGACAUGCUACGAAAGCUUAUCGCCCUCACCUGCAACCACUACAACUCAUGCAGGCACACAGCCCUGGAUGGUAACGUUCAGCCGGUUCUCGAGUGCUUUAUCACCGGAUUUGAUAAUAAGAGUUCACUCUUUUACAAACACGUCAACGUUACUGAUGCCCUCCGUGUUACUGCAGAAGAACUAGUUAACUGCACAUGGAAGACUGGCUUCUCUUCAAGAACAAUUACGGUCCAAGCCUUGGAUGAUUUCUUUACCGUCGCAAGACACGGGAUACUGUCAUAUGGCUGGAAUUGAAAUCAGUCUCAAAGAUAUCAACGUUUUUCAUUUUCAGAAAUGUGUUCCUGAUUUCAUGUUUCCUGGUUUGAUGGCCUCCGCUGGAUACCCAUCGGCAAAAGAAAAUUUUCACCAUGCUUUAGCCACGCACAUGGUUUUCCAGCUGCGUGUAUGAUUUGCGUGAACCUCCAUUCUUGAUGCGGAAGAAAUAAAUGUAAACAACUGA